AUGUUAAAAUUAUUGUCUUUUCAUAUCUAUCUAUCUAUCUAUCUAUCUCAUUCUGUCCACAUCUAUCUAUCUAUUUUAUUAAAACUCUGUCUGUUCAUAUCUAUCCAUGUAUCUCAGUUUUUUCAUAUCUAUCUAUCUAUCUGUAAUGUUAAAAUUAUUGUUCAUAUUCAUUCUAUCUAUCUAUCUAUCUAUCUAUCUAUCUAUCUAUCUAUCUGUCUGUCUAUCUAUCCUAUUUUAUUCUCAGUCUGUUUAUCUAUCCAUCUAUCUAUUUAUCUAUCUAUCUAUCUGUCUGUCUGUCUGUUGCGGUCUGUUCAUAUCUAUCUAUCUAUCUAUCUAUCUAUCUGUCUGUUGUCUGUUGGUCUGUUCAUAUCUAUCUAUCUAUCUAUCUAUCUAUCUAUCUAUCUAUCUGUAUGUCUGGCGGUCUGUCGCGGUCUGUUCAUAUCUAUCUAUCUAUCUAUCUAUCUAUCUAUCUAUCUAUCUAUCUAUCUUUGCCCUUCGGCUUGCAGUAAAUGGAAUGGAGCUCGUAAUUGUGCAGGCCAACGCAGGAUUCUAUCUAUCUAUCUAUCUAUCUAUCUAUCUAUCUAUCUAUCUCGUUCUGUUCAUUAUCUAUCUAUCUAUCUAUCUGUCUGUCUCAUUCUGUUCUCAUCUAUCUAUCUCCUAUCUAUGUUUGCUGAGGGGUUACUAAAAAGUGCCGACCCCGAAUGA